AUGCGUGAAACGAGAAACAGCAAUAAUCCAUCUCAACAGCAAUUGUUGAAUGAUAAAAAAAGUGAUGUUCUUCGACAAGCGGUUGAACAUGAAUAUACGAAGCUCUUUCGGCAAGCACAUAAAACUUCACAGAAAGCAGCUCGAAAUUUUCUUCGACAAGUAGCUCAUCGUCCACCACCAAGUCCAAUAACAAUUCCUAUUCCUAAGUCUACUAUAGAAUUAAAAACAAAUAAUAAUAAUAAUAAUAAUAAUAAUAAUAAUGAUGGUGUUCGAACUCUAUCAGUUACUGUAUCUGAUGGUGCAAAUCAAAGAUCUCAAAAACAUGCAACAAUUGUUACUAUGAUGCCAUCGCUUUCUUCCGUUCGAGAAUUAAUAUCUUAUGUACCAACUUUGAAAAACAUUGCUACACGUGGCGAACUCAUUGGAAUUCCAUAUCUAGGAGAUACAUUUGAUCGUGAAGAUCAAGAAUUGAUUAAUUCAAUAUCCGGUGAAUCUUCUAAACAAAAUAAAGCUAUUAUACGCAAAAACAAACUCGACGAACCUUUAUUAGAAACACUGUAUGAAACUCUACGAUCAAAUAAAGCAUGGCAAAUAUAUUCAAAUGAACAAAUUAUUGACGUCAUAAUUGAUUAUCAUCGUGAUGCUACAUCACGAGCACGGCUUAUUGCAUUUGCUAAUCAAUCUGAAAUUUCUUCAAAUGAUAAUCAUCCACCACAUCAUGCAAAUAUUGAUACAUGCGAUACAAUAGAUAUAGAUAUUAAUAAUCUCAUUAUUAAAGCAUGGUGUUCUCGAUUUUGUCUACGUUGUUAUACAUAUAAUUGUUUGUUACACACAGAGAAGCCUUCACAUCUUCAAUUACCAAAACAAUUCUGUAUCUCGAACGAUCAUCAAUCAUCACCGUGCUGUUCAACAUGUUAUAAACAUGAACGUGAAUAUUUAAAACGUUCUUUAUCACCAUCUCAUAUUAAUGAACAACAACAUAAUUAUUCUCAAACUUCAUCUGAACUGCAUGAAAAUGUUAGAAAACGUCAACGUAAAUCAACUUCAUUAAAUCAUUCGUCAUCAUCAGCAAAAUUUAAUUUUCCUCGUAAUGAAAAUCUUCAUACAAAUCAAUGUGUUGACCAACAUUAUCAUUCAAUAGAAAAUCAAAAGAAACUUUCGUCACAAAAUUUAUUAACACGUAUAGAAAAUCAUAUGAUAACUCAAUAUUUUAAUCAAUCAGGUCAACAACAAGAUAAUCUCUCAGUUAAUAAUUGGACAUUAACAGAUCGAAGUUUAUUUCGUUUAUUUUAUUUUGUAUUUCAUGGUGAUCUAUGUUUAGUUAAACAAAUAUUUCAUGAUAAUCGAACAUGUAAAGAUAUGUAUCAACAAUUUAUCGUCGAUGCUAAAUAUUUUUCUGAACGUAUAUCAUUAAACAAUAGUUUCCAAUUUUCAAUACGACAACCAUAUAGGCGGAAAAUGUUGGAAGGUGCAACACGAUCAUUUCUUUUUCAUAUAAAAAAAAAUAUGAAUUCAAAUAAUCACAAUAAAAAAUCAACAUUAAAACCUGUUUAUCAGCCAUGUUUACAUGAUGGGCCAUGUGUAUCAUCGAAUAAGAAUUGUUCUUGUAUGAAAAAUGGUACAUAUUGUGAAAAAUAUUGUAAUUGUUCAAUUGAUUGUCCACAUCGAUUUCCGGGUUGUGCUUGCAAAGGUGCAUGUUUAUUAAAUAAUUGUCUAUGUUGUGCUGAAGGACGAGAAUGUGAUCCUGAUUUAUGUCAUAAAUGUGGUGCAUCAUUAUUUCCCAAUCCUAACGAAGAAUUUAAUUCAAUAGUUAAAUUAGAACCAGAAAUACCAUUACCAAGAACAACAACAACAACAACAACAACGGGAGUUCAAAGGAAAUCAUCAUCAUCAUUAUCAAGAAGAAGUACACGAACCAAAAUUAAUGAAAAUUUACCAACAAGACAACAUAGUCUUCGGGCUUGUCGAACUGUUGAACUAUCAUAUAAACAAGUUCGAAAUCAAUCUAAACGUACGACUUCAAGAACAUCGUUGAGUUCAAAUACAGUGCUGAAUAUGCCAAUGAUUACAUGUGCAAAUAUUGGAUUACAAAGAAAAUCAUUUAAACAAAUUCUUGUCGGCGAAUCAGAUGUUGCUGGUUAUGGAGCUUUUCUUGGUUCACCAGUUGCUUAUCCAGGUGAUUUAAUAGCUGAAUAUACUGGUGAAAUUAUAUCUGAAGAAGAAGCUGAUAGACGUGGCCGACUAUAUGAUAAACAAGCGUGUUCAUAUUUAUUUAAUCUGGACUCAGAACGUUGCGUUGAUGCUAGACAAUUUGGAAGUAAAAUUCGCUUUGCUAAUCAUUCAUCGAAACCUAAUUGUGUUCCAAAAGUCAAAUUAGUCAAUGGCGAUUAUCGUAUCGGUAUUUAUGCUAAACAAACUAUAUUUCAAGGUGAUGAAUUAUUUUUUGAAUAUAUGUAUGAUGCACAUCAUCGUCAACAGUUUGUUAACAAUGAACGUGUUGAAGAAUUAGAACAAGAUGGUUUAACUAUUCUAAAACGUUAUGGUGACAAUUUUAUACUUGCUCGACCAUCAUAUGAUUAA